AAGCUACGGGAGGCGGGCAAUGGAAGGUAGCCCGGCGGUCGGCGGGCCACGGCGAGAGGCUCCGGCGGAGGAGGCGGAGCUGUCGGGUGCCGCUUGGAGCAGAGACAGCGGUAAUGUGUCGCAGAGCCACAGCAGCGCGUCGGGGCCGUGGGAGGUCGAGGAUCCCGAGGACGGCGCGCCCGGCCGCGACCAUCCGCUGCUGCGCCGCACCGCCUCGGGCUAUGCUGCCUGCCUGCUGCCGGGCGUCGGGACGCUGCCCGAGGUGGAGGCCCUGGACGCCAGCCUCGAGGACCUGCUCACCAGGGUGGACGAGUUUGUGGGCAUGCUAGAUAUGAUUCGUGGUGAUUCGUCCCUCGUGGUUAACGAGGGCGUGCCUCGCAUUUACGCGAAAGCCGCGGAGAUGAGGCGCAUCUACAGCAAGAUUGACGGGCUGGAAGCCUUUGUGAGGAUGGUCGGCCGCAGCGUAGCGGAGAUGGAGGAGCAGGUCACCAGGGCCGAGGCCGACCUGGGAACCUACCCCCGGGCGUUCCAGCGACUGCUGCACACCAUCAGCGUGCCCGCGCUCUUCAGCAAGUCUCCCACCCGGCAGCAGCGCGCCGCCUACAAGCCGCCUGUCUUGUUUCGUACAGAAGACUACUUCCCGUGUUGCAGUGACAGGCCCCAGCUCUGAACCCACGACCCUUCUGCAACAAGACUCACAUUCAAGAUCUUGUGAUCAGGCAUCUGUAUGAUUUUGGAGGAUGAAAUUUGAAAGCUUAUUUUCUACCUUCCAUGCAGAAAGUGUCUUCCACUUGUAAUCUGAAAGCUCUUGGGGGUUGAGGGGAGGCUGGCGAAGCCAAAAGAAUGAACUUAAAACAGUGUAAUACGGAAAAACUGUUACUUUUGUGGAUAUUCCUACGCAACUAACUUACCUUGUCAAGAUUUAUAUAUUUAUAGUAUCACAAGAAAAAUGACCAAGCCAUUAAAGCCUUGUUAUUAAAUCUUGACUGUGAUUUUGUUUCCUGAAGGCUUCUUUGACGUAGGCAGUACAUUAUUUGGCAUUACUUAAUAGUCAACUUAACAUAGCAUGGAUUAUAACCCAAAGCAAGUAAGAUAAUUGCCCAAGAAAACAUACUGGAUUUUUUUCGCAAGGAGUUCUGAAGUUGUAUGACUCACAGUCCUCGCUUCUCCAUAGCAUCUCUGUGUUUGGAUUGUCAGUGUUUGGUUUAUAGCAAGUAUUAAUUAAAACUUUAAAUUUAAUUGGAAAAGAAUGUAAUUACUUCUAAAAGUAAUUACAUUUUUCCUGUUUUGUUUGAAAA